UUCCCCCCUCUCUCUCUCUCUCCCUCCCUCUCUCUCUCUCUCUCUCUCUCUUCACUCUUGCUAGCACUUGCAGCGUUUUCUCUUCAUCUUUAGACGGCCUCCGUUUCUUCCUUCCAUCGUUAUCUGUCGUCUCGGGUCGUGUCUUGGGUCGAAGACGUGUUCAUGGACGACCCGGUGUGACGAAUGUCGUCGUCUGCCUCGGUCGCGCAGCUGCACUGCGUGUCAGUCGUCCGUCUCGCUCGUUGCCAUCUUUAAUUAAUUCGUCCUUUCAACCUGAGCUACUAAUUCCUUCCUGUCGCUCCUUUCCCUCCUUCGAUCGCUUCGCCGUCUUUCCUUCCCUGUCGCUCCUUUUUACGCCCUCGAAGAACCUCCCCUCCUCCUCCUCCUCCUCCUCCUCCUCCGCCAUGGCAACGACUGCCUCCCCCGCGGACCUGCCGCUGGAGCAGCUCGCUCUCUACCACGCUGUCGACCCCCAGCUGGCCUCGACCUUUGUCUUCUACGGCCCUGUGGCCACGGCAAAUGCGACGGUCAGCAGCUCGCGCAUCCAGGCACACAUCUUCUCUCCCGCCGGCUUCGUCUCGUACCCGCGUCUGACCGUCUCGCCCGCCGCCCCUCUCUACGCCGCCGUCAACCACCUGCCUCGCGAUAAACAGGGCGACGAGGUCUGCCGGGGUCUUGCCGUCACCAUGCUCAAGUACUUUGCAGAUCUGUCCGAUCCGGCCAAGGCUUGUCUCUCCGAGAUCGCGCGUGCGGGGCGGCCGGCCGCUCGGUUGCCCAAGAUGUUCGACGAGAUGCACGCCGCCGAGCUGGCCAACCGUAUGGCCAAGGUAGACGGGAAUAACGCUGCCGAUAUUAUUCGCGAUCUGCGGGCGGCCUACGGAGACCGCAGGGUCCACUGCGUUGACCUGGAUGUCGUUUUGCCGGCCGGGUCGAUCCAGCUGCCGCCGCCGCCGCCGCCGCGAGAGGAUUCCAACCAGAACGAUGACAGUAUCGAAGAAACCGACAAUGUGCAGUAUGGGAAGUAUUCGUCUCUGAUCCAUGCGUUGGGGGAACCGGUCUUCUUGCCCACCUCGCGUCUCAAACGUGCUCCCUCGCAAUCGACCAACCGGAGCAAAUCGAGACUCUUCACGCGCAGUCAGAAGGAAGCCUUACGGUUGGCCAUGUGCGAGGUGGUCGACACGGAGGAGCGCUACGUCAACAAGCUCUAUCUCCUCGUCCACCAGGUUGCCGAGGAGUUUCGCCUCAAGGCCCAGGGGAGGUCCAUGGCCAGCACCAGCCCGGACGAGGCCGCUCUGCGCGCCCUCUUCCCCCCCUGUCUGAGCCAGAUCCUCGAAGUCAACCUGGGGUUCUUGCAGGUCAUCCGCCAGAUCCUGGAGGAUACCGAAAAGGAUGCCAUGACGGACCUCGCCGAGGAUACCGAGGUGCAGCAACAGCAGUCCACCUCGUCGCUGUCCCGUCGCACCGACCCCCGCGACGGGAAGGAUGCCAUGGGCGCCGUGGCCUUUGCUCAGACCCUGUUGGACUGGUUCCCUCGCUUCUCCCAGCCCUACGCCGACUAUCUGCGCGCCCACACCGGCUUCACCCAGACCCUCAACAUCUUCCUCAAGGACCAGCACUCCAGCUUCUCCCGCCGCGUCUACGAGACCGGCGAGCAACGCCUACGCUCUCUGCUCAUGGAGCCCGUCCAGCGCCUACCACGCUAUAGUCUGCUCAUCGACACCAUGACCAGCAGCCUGCCCCUCGUCCACCCGGCCGUGCGCCCCCUGCUCAAAGCCCGCGACAUCAUCAAGGACAUCUGCGCUCUCGACGACGACGACGACGACGACGACGCCUCCUCCACCAACCACACCCAGAGCCUGCAACGCCUCAAGACCAUUGUCGACGGCUGGCCUACCGCCGUCUUUCCCGCCGGUCGCCUCAUCACCACCGUCGACUUCAAGGACAGCGCCGCGCCCUUUUACCCGGACGAUCCUCAAAGUGCUGCUCCCCCCCCGGGGCCAACAGGCAUCCUUCUCGUCUACCCAAACUGUCUGGUGUUGCUGUCCAAGUCGUCCGGUAGCAGAAUUACUGCUCGAAGCUUGAUGACCGAGCUCGACCAGGCCGCCGCCUCGACCGACCGGUCGUCCGCCUCGUUCCCCAUCGCCGAACUGCGUGUUGCCCAGGUGUUCCCCCUCAGCACGGUCCGAUGCAUGCAUUCGACCUGUGGACGCCUCUUGUUCCUGGUUCCUGGGAUGACGGACAACAAGGCCGACCAGGCCAUGGGGAUGGAUCUCCUGGCCCUUGAAUUGUCGGGCCAGUACGACGGACGCGCCACUCGCCUGAUCGAGGAGAUCACCAAAGCCCGCAUCGAGGGCCGCUUCCCCGAGCAGGAGCGUGAGAGCGGAAAAUGGACCCUCCGCAACCCAACCGGCACUGUCGGCAAUCUCGGUCUCCUGGCCUGCGUCUAUGAGGAAUCUGACAGCCCUUCCCUGCCCCGACCUGGAUCGGCGAGAAUUCAGCUCCGUUUCGACACGCCCAAGGCCCUCUGCACCCAGGCCCUGCAAAGCACCGACCUCGAGGUCGUCGUCGCGGUCUCCUCGCCCACUGAGGACCAGUUUCGUCUCGACAUCGACUCGGUAAUAGGCGCUUCAUCCUCGGAUCUUGUCACUGCGGACAGCUUCAUUCCGGUUCUAUCCAAGCGCAUUUUGAAUUUGCUUGGACCUCUCCAUGGAACCAGGAACAAAACUCUUGCGGAACCUCUCAUACACUCCAACUUUGAAAUCCUUCGGUAUAUCGCUAGCAGCUUAAUGACCCAGGUCAAAGUGCCCCGUGGCUUUCGACCCCCGUCGCCGUCGAAGCUCCUAUCCAGUCUCUGGGGCGGCAGUCUAUCGAAAGAGCAGUCAUCGACUCCGUCCUCAUCCAGCUCCAAAGGUCCCAGUUCAGCCUCUUUGCUGGGCGAAUUUCCCAAAAUGCCUCCUCCCCGGAUCAACAUCUCGCGCUCCAACACGUUGCCAUCGACUUUUCCUAGCAAGGAGAGCAACAAUAACAAUAAUCACAACAACAACAACAACAACAACAAUAACAAUAACAAUAACAACACGACGACGAUGACGACUACUACUACUACUACUACUACUACCACGACUACCACCACCAAUGAUGAUAGCAACGACAUUCACAGCACGCCAAAAGUCUCUGUGGUUAGCGCAGCAAAGACCUCUCCGCCCGAGACAACCCAGUUUAGCGCCAUUGAACAAACGUUUGCGGCGUACGUUCUUUCGCUGCAGUCUCGGAGUGGCAAUGUCGUUGGCCGAACCCUACGCGCCCGAGACGCCGCGGAUCGAUCGGCUGUCAACGAGCUCUACAACGUCCUGCUCGAGGAUCCUGGCCGUAUCCAGGCGGCAGCAGAGGUGCCUGUCGAUGUGCUCUUUGUCGCCUUUGAAACUUUCAUGGCCAAUGCAUGGAAGAGCCAGAUGGGAGCCGUUCUCGACCCGUGCGCACUGAAGCGUAUCCAGGGCCAGUUCGAUACGAUGUUCCCGCGUGAUUUCGAUGAGCACUUCCGCCGAAUGCUUACCGAAGAGAUGAGCCCGCAGAACCGUCGCGCCCUCGCUGCUUUGGUCCGCUUGCUAGCCGAACUGAUGGACGCUUCUGGCAACGAUGGGGACCGCGGCGCCCUCACCGCCGCCUUUGCCGAAAUCUUGACCGAGGAGGGUGACCCGAUGCAGCAUGUCUCCUUGCUGGAUCGCCUGGUUGAAGAUUUUGAAUCUCUCUUCGAUGAGAUCUGGGAUGACGGUGGCGAUUAUUCCACCCCGCGGGAAGGCGGCGGCGGCGGCCCUUCCCAUCACCGUCACACAGGCUCUGUCAGCUCCAACACCUCGUCCUUCCGGAAACGCUUCGGCUUCAGCCUACAUCGCGAAACUACCAGGACGGAUGGCGAGAGCAAGGUCUCGUCAAUCCUACGCACCUUGAGCAAGACCAAGGGUGGUGGCAGCAGCAGCAGCAGUAGUAGCGUCGGCAACAGCAACGACUCGGAGCUACAUACGCCCAGGGGAAUGCUCUUGCGCUCCAAAUCCAUUGAUAUCGACACCCGACUAGGCCCAUUGCUGCGUCCCACCUCGCGCGGAUCCCCCAACCCUUUCUCCAUUUCCGAAGAGCAGAUUCCACGCCCAGACCACCAAUCUCCAGAAGACGAGAAAGAGGCGACCCCCUCGAUUUCUUCCAUCCGCGGAAUCACCGACGGCGCGGUCGUGAUCAAGGUUCGCCGUAAACGCCGGAGCUCGCUCUCCGAUCUGCGACCUCCCACUGCCUCCUCGACAACGAGUAACCCUCCUCGGCCCUCCCCGACUCCUCCCCGACGGCCCAUCACUCCGGUGGCUCCAGCAACGUCUAGUAGAGCGCGCCCGGGGGAUCCUGCGGUCACGCCUACAAAGGCAAAUCGACCGGUCACAAACGGCCAUGCAUCAGGCUCACCUGUGCGGAGUUCGUCGCCCGCAAAGAAUAGCACCACCAAUUCUCCUCCCGGACGGCUCUCUUCUCCUAUCCGACGCCAGUCCCCCACGCGACCCAGCACACCAAGCCGCAAGGAGAACAUCGAUCCCCGGGUAGCCAUGACUGAACGUGCGCCAAAGAAGAAGAACGGUGAUUCAACCGGCUCGCCCCCGCCGGACUCGCGGCAGCGAUCGCGCGCCAUCAGCAUUCCCUCAUCCCGAGGAGGUGGCCUUAAGGAACGGCCUACACUUGCCAACAGUUCUGAUGGGAAGCGGCCCCCUUCGUCUCAGAAGCUCCAGAAGCUUCGAAUGCAGAGUCCGCAGAAGCUCCGAGAUCGCUUGCAGAACGAGAAAAGUGCACAGGUCUCCGGACAGUUGGGCCUGCAAGAAGAAUUGGAGAUGAUCCAGCAAGAAAUGCGUGCCCUGAAACUCGUCCCUCGGCAGCUGGUACCUCCGACCGAACCCACCGAGUCCGACGAAAACGCGAAGCCGCCCUCCGAUCCUGGAGCCAGCGACUACCUGAUAUUGCGGGUGCGCACACUGGAGGCGCAAGUGGAGGGCCUCAGCAGCGAGUUUGAUAGCCGCACGACGGCGAUCGAAAAGGACCUGGAGUCGUCUCUGGUUGUGAGCGAGAAGCGGGUCAAGAAGCUGGACGAGCUGUACCGCGAGGCAAGCGCGGAGAACGAGGCGCUGUACGACCGAUUCAACUCGGAGCUCAGCAAGAUCGUCAAAGACGUGCGCGUCGGGGCGGGCGAGGAGGCGCUCAAGGCGCAGCUGGCGGCGGCGUUGGACGAGAUCGGCCGCCUGAAGAAAGAAAACUUUCGUCUCAAACGCGAGGUCGGGGGUCUUCGGGCGCAGCAGGCGGCUGUUGCGCUGCUCAAGGCGAGUGAGUGAUUUCUCAUCAUUCAUCAUCAUCAUCAUCAUCAUCAUCGUAUUUCUUGUAAUA